AUGGGCGGGCUCGUGGCGGAGAUCGCGCGCGCGCCGCCGGCGUUCGUCGGGCUGCUGCGCGCGUCGCUGGCCGACGUCGACGCGUCGCCGAGCCGGGCCCAGGUCGAGGUCGCCGAGCGCUUGGAGGGCAUGGGGCUGGACGUGGAGCACGAAUUGGUACUGCCCGACGGGUUGUCCGUGGACGUGGCUCUCUUGCCUUUGAAGUGGCGCGUCGCCGUCGAAUUCGACGGCCCACGCCACUACUUCCGCAACGCGAAGCGCGUGCCCACGGGCCGCACGCGCUUCAAGAUGCGGCUGUUGCGGGCGUUGGGCUGGCGCGUGCUCCACGUGCCCUACUUCGACUGGGCGAAGCUCGACGACGACGCCGCGCGGACCGAGUACCUCAAGCGCGAAUUGGCCGUCAUCGUCAAGGCCGCGAAAGCCGCGAAGGCGCGGCCACCGCCGGCGACGGCCGAGCCCCGCGACGACCGCGACGAGUUCUCGGCGCUCAAGGUCAGCGAGCUCCGCCAGCUCUGCGACGACCGCGGCCUCGACACGCGCGUCAAGCGCGCCGAGGGCGACGCGCGCACGGUCCUCGCGGCGCGGCUCCGGGGGCUGCGGGACGGGGGCGGUGGGAGCUAG